AUGAGCAUGAAGCGAGUGACGCCGCAAAAGUACCACGACGCCAGCGACGACGACGACGACCUACGGUUUGCGCCGCCGUCGUCGGAGGGCGACGGCGACGACGACAUGGCCACGCUUUCGUUUGGUGCCCUCAACACCGCCCGCAAGCAGCUAGCGCCACCGCGGCGCCGCGGCGGCGCCAGCGCUAACGACUCAUCCCACGACGACGACAGCGACAGCGACAGCGACGCGCCCCCGGAGGAGCUGACGUCGGCGCUGUCGCUGGCGCUGUCGCUGGCGCUGGCGCUGGCGCUGAGAAAGCGCCACAAGCACGCCCCCGCCCGCCUGCUGACGAAGAAGAAAGUGUCGGUGGUGCGCCCGAUCCACGGCCUCGACAUCAACCCCAAAUACAACCCGAGCAAGCUCUACCAGGAUAUCCGGUUUGACGCUGCCUAUGGCAAGGCCGACGCGGCGCAGGCGCGCGCCAACUACGCGUUUCUUGACGAGUAUCGUGAAUCAGAAAUUGCCGAGGUGAAACGGCUUUUGAAACAACCACCGGGGGCGCUUGCCGACUACGACCGCCGCCAGCUCGAGUACCAGGCGAAAUCGCUCCAGCUGCGCCUCGACUCGUUACGUGCCAAAGACCGCGACCGCCAGGUGCUCCGUGAAUUUAAGCUGCGGGUGCUGAAACAAGGCGAGGGGCUGAAACCGUUUUACCUUAAAAAUAGCGAUAAGCGUAAGCUCUUACAGAAAGCCCGCUUCGAGCAAAUGACGCCGAAACAACGGGAAAAGGCGGUGGAACGCAAACGCAAACGGCGGUUGGGUCAAGAGAUGCGGGCGCUCGAAGGCGACGGGUUCAAAUAG